AUGGCUGAUAAGUGCAAAGACAAACCACCAGAGCAAGUCAAGCCAAGUCACAUCCAAACGACAACAAAACACUUCAUCUGUUCUACCACAACAACUCUUCAUAUCUACUUCGUCCACCAAUCUACCGAACUACUCACAACUGCAACUAUGCGUUCUGCCCUCUUCUUCAUUCUGGCUCUUGCCAUGGCCAACUACGUCGUUGCUAAGGCAGGCGGCGGCAACCGGCGUUAUCCUGACUGUGGUGCGCCGUUUUGUGCGCGUGGGCGUGUAGUACAGAUGCGUGAGUGUGGUGCUGCCAUCUCAGCGGUCAAGGAUGUCAAGGUCGAGGAUGUCAAGGUCGAGGAUGUCAAGAUUGAGGAUGCCAAGAUCGAGGGUGACGAUAAGGGUGCUUAG